GCAGUAUGCGCUCCCGACACAGGGGGUACAGAUUUUCACAGGGGAACAGAAUUUUGCACAUGACUGGUGUAAAACAUUUGCCAAAUCUGACAUGCAAGUCAAGAACAUGAUCUCCAGGGAGUGAACAGCUGAAAGAGAGAAAUAUAAGCUGUGGCUUGCAGAUCUUUAACCACAUACUACUGUCAAUUUGAAUGCUAGGGGCGGUGGUGGUUGGCGUCGGUACAGCUGGUGCGGUACGGAUCAGAGACAUGUUGACCCCGCUAGCUGGCAGUGCUGCAGAGAAGCUGACUGUCCAAGGGUUCAUAUCCAGAAGAAAACUCGAUGCUUACCAGGAUGUGAAACAGAUCUCAGCAGAGGAGGCUGUGAGCAGAGAGGACAUCCAUGCUGCAUUUAUCUGUACUGAGAAUGACUCUCAUGAAGACUUUGUCAGGAUGUUUCUGCAAGCAGGGAAGCACGUCUGUGUGGAGUAUCCCAUGGCCCUGUCUUACCAGGCUGCUGCUCAACUGUGGGACUUAGCCCAGAAAAAAGGGGUAGUUCUACAUGAGGAGCACAUUGAGCUGCUGACAGAAGAUUACAAACAGCUGAAGAAAGAAGUAGAAGGGAAAACCCUGUUGGAAGGUUCUCUUCAUUUUGCUGGUGGAGCACUGAAGCCUGGAUUUGGUUUUCCUGCAUUCAGUGGAAUUGCUCGCCUUUCGUGGCUGGUUGAUUUGUUUGGGGAGCUUUCAGUAAGAGCGGCAACUUUUGAAGAAGACGCCGAACAAGGCUACAGCAAGAUGACAGCACAGCUGCUAACGUCUGACAGCAAACCUUUGACAUGGAUUGAGGAACGUCAAGCAGGUCUCCCAAGGACUAAGAAGAUCAACUUUGUGUUUGACGGCUUCACUUUGACCCAGAUUCCUCCAGCACCUAGGGGUACUGUUGGACUUUUUAUGCAAGACCUGAUCCACUUCUCUGGCAAGUUGUCAGGCCAAGUGAGUACUGAAGAACUUGACAGAGAGAGGGUGAGAAUCUUACACUGCUUGGGACUGGCCCAGAAGAUUCAGGAACUUUGCAAAAGUUAAAUAAGGAUUCUCUGCUUUGUCAUCAGCUUGUAUUGAUACUGUUUCAAUUAAACAUUAUUUCUCUAUUUCUCCUUUAAUGUUUGUUCUUUAAAGGCUUUAUGUAGUACUAAGCAUUAAAGAUAAAUUUUUGUUUGUUUUUCUUGACA